AUGCACUCAGAACAAAUUUUGAAACAAUUCUUAAAUGAGUUAAAAAUUCAACCCUCAGAUCCUCUAAACAUUGAUUCAGAGAAGUUCUUCAAAAAACAAACAGGUCAAUCUGAAUUGAUUUUGAUAUCCAGGAAUGUCGGGAAAAUUAAUAAGCGUAAUACAGAAUAAUAAAGAACUAUUGUUAUUACAAGUGAAAAUUUAUAUAAUAUUGAUAAAAAAACAAUUAAAAGAAAGAUAUAAAUUCAAAAUAUUUUUGGUGUUACUGUCUCCAGAUCAAGUUUUGAAUUUAUUUUGCAUGUGCCUACAGAAACUGAUUAUCAUUACAAAUCCCAAGAGAACAGAGACAUCAUUUUAUUUUACUUAUCCAUAGCACUAAAACUCAAAAAUAAAGACGGUUUGAGAAUAUAUUUAGUGGAUUAAGAAGAUCUGCAACCAUUUUGUUAGCAUUAAAAAACCUCAGAUCUUAAGAAAUAAGUCUCAUUACAUCCUAAAUCCAAAUUACUAUUACUAUACCCUCACGAUUUCUAAUUGCAAUAUAUUAACAUGUAAAACCAACCUACUAAAAGUUUGAAUCUCAAUCACAAAAUUUCAGUGCUCUUUGUGAAUGAUAAAUUGAAAUUUAGAGUUAAAUUAGAAGAUUAUGAUAAAAAUGCCAUCAUAAGUGAUGGUUCCUUGACCAGAAUCCUUUUAUUAAGUUAGAAAACUGAUCGCUAAAAGGUUCUGGCCUUGAAAACAAUUAGGUCUACUGAUAUUGAUGUAGAUUUAAUGGAAUUCUUUCUUAACAGCUAUGAAAAUGAACCCUUCAUCGAAUAAUUGGAACUAUGCAUAAGACAAACAGAAUUAAUUCACUUUCUUUUUAAGUUUGUUAAAGGAGGAGAUCUCUUUGCUCAUCUUUAAAAUGUUGGUGCCUUUACAGAGAGUUAAGUAAAAUAUAUAAUAGCCUAAGUUGGCAUGGCUCUAUAGAGUGUGCAUGAAAAAGGGAUUACUUAUGGAGAUUUAAAACCUGAAAACAUUUUAGUAGAUGAAUAAGGAUACGUCUAUUUAACUGACUUUGGCUAUGGAAAAUUGAGAGUGUAUGAGGAGUAUAAAAAAUAAUAAAGUAUCAACUUUUCUCUCGAAUAUGCAUCUCCAGAAUAUUUGAGACAUGGAGAUUUGACUAGAAUGUCGGAUUGGUAUAGCAUGGGAGUAUUGCUUUAUGAAUUGCUCAUGGGAAUAUCUCCAUUUUAUAAUACAAACAAAGAAGUUGCUAUUAAAUUGAUAUGCUAAGGUGAAUUGCAUUUCCCAAAAGGAAUCCCUAUAUCUAUUGAAUGCAUAGAUCUCAUUUCCAAAUUGUUGUAGCAGGAUUCUUCUACAAGAAUUGGAUUCUCGAAUGAUUUCAAAGAAAUUCAAGCGCAUCCAUGGUUUUCAGAAAUAGAUUGUGUUGAAUUAAAACAAAAAAAAACAGUGUUACCAUAUAUUCCAAAUAUCAUUGAAGGAACUCUUAUAUAAACACAAUAUAUAAAGUUGGAAUCACUACAAGAUGAUGAAAAGGGUUGGUACUGAAACUGAGAAUUAGUUANAAACAGGUCAAUCUGAAUUGAUUUUGAUAUCCAGGAAUGUCGGGAAAAUUAAUAAGCGUAAUACAGAAUAAUAAAGAACUAUUGUUAUUACAAGUGAAAAUUUAUAUAAUAUUGAUAAAAAAACAAUUAAAAGAAAGAUAUAAAUUCAAAAUAUUUUUGGUGUUACUGUCUCCAGAUCAAGUUUUGAAUUUAUUUUGCAUGUGCCUACAGAAACUGAUUAUCAUUACAAAUCCCAAGAGAACAGAGACAUCAUUUUAUUUUACUUAUCCAUAGCACUAAAACUCAAAAAUAAAGACGGUUUGAGAAUAUAUUUAGUGGAUUAAGAAGAUCUGCAACCAUUUUGUUAGCAUUAAAAAACCUCAGAUCUUAAGAAAUAAGUCUCAUUACAUCCUAAAUCCAAAUUACUAUUACUAUACCCUCACGAUUUCUAAUUGCAAUAUAUUAACAUGUAAAACCAACCUACUAAAAGUUUGAAUCUCAAUCACAAAAUUUCAGUGCUCUUUGUGAAUGAUAAAUUGAAAUUUAGAGUUAAAUUAGAAGAUUAUGAUAAAAAUGCCAUCAUAAGUGAUGGUUCCUUGACCAGAAUCCUUUUAUUAAGUUAGAAAACUGAUCGCUAAAAGGUUCUGGCCUUGAAAACAAUUAGGUCUACUGAUAUUGAUGUAGAUUUAAUGGAAUUCUUUCUUAACAGCUAUGAAAAUGAACCCUUCAUCGAAUAAUUGGAACUAUGCAUAAGACAAACAGAAUUAAUUCACUUUCUUUUUAAGUUUGUUAAAGGAGGAGAUCUCUUUGCUCAUCUUUAAAAUGUUGGUGCCUUUACAGAGAGUUAAGUAAAAUAUAUAAUAGCCUAAGUUGGCAUGGCUCUAUAGAGUGUGCAUGAAAAAGGGAUUACUUAUGGAGAUUUAAAACCUGAAAACAUUUUAGUAGAUGAAUAAGGAUACGUCUAUUUAACUGACUUUGGCUAUGGAAAAUUGAGAGUGUAUGAGGAGUAUAAAAAAUAAUAAAGUAUCAACUUUUCUCUCGAAUAUGCAUCUCCAGAAUAUUUGAGACAUGGAGAUUUGACUAGAAUGUCGGAUUGGUAUAGCAUGGGAGUAUUGCUUUAUGAAUUGCUCAUGGGAAUAUCUCCAUUUUAUAAUACAAACAAAGAAGUUGCUAUUAAAUUGAUAUGCUAAGGUGAAUUGCAUUUCCCAAAAGGAAUCCCUAUAUCUAUUGAAUGCAUAGAUCUCAUUUCCAAAUUGUUGUAGCAGGAUUCUUCUACAAGAAUUGGAUUCUCGAAUGAUUUCAAAGAAAUUCAAGCGCAUCCAUGGUUUUCAGAAAUAGAUUGUGUUGAAUUAAAACAAAAAAAAACAGUGUUACCAUAUAUUCCAAAUAUCAUUGAAGGAACUCUUAUAUAAACACAAUAUAUAAAGUUGGAAUCACUACAAGAUGAUGAAAAGGGUUGGUACUGA